UCAACGCUUUUUACCGCUGCUUGGGAUGGCCUGUGAUUGGUUUGCCAAAGUCCGUUGCAGCUACUAUAGCGAGUCACAAAUCUCCCUUUGACAUCUGCAAACGUUGCUUUCAGAGCCUCUACCUUCACUUCCCACGCCACGUAACAAGGAGUGUCGGCAGCCUCGAGAACGCGUAUAAAACCGUAGAAGACAAAUCUUGGUACUUAUAUUCCUCAACUUGCUCUCCACCUCUCCCACCAUUACCACCCACUAACUACUGCUUCUAACUGUCAUCUUUUUUAGAUAAGCAGCUACUGCAAGAGCCAAAAGCUGUAACACCAAGCAUACAACACACACCACACCAAUCUUCAAGGGACAUUCAGUCGCUAUGUAUGGCUAUCCUUUUGGACCUGCUGGCCACACUGGCAUGUCCCAGGCGCAGAUCUGCCGCGAAAUGCUAAUGAAAGAGCGAGUUCCUCGGAACUCGCCACUCUUGCGCCCUUUCCCAAUACCGCAAUCAGAGAUCGAGGUACUGGGAGACAUGUACAUGGAAAUCUUCGGUCCCCAUUCAGAAGAGGAGAAGCGAGAAAUACGACGCGCCUUCAACAAUAUUCUGAAUGCGUUUGGCAGGCCACCGAAGAGGAGCUUCUACUUCAAGCUUUUCCGCUCGUUGGAUACCUUCCUUUUCUCUUCCGAGCUGGCGCACCGAGUCUACCUUACCAUGGGAGAGGAUCGACCGAAUAUAUCCUCCUUGGUGCGGAGAAUCCAACGAGACCGUAUGGGCAUCAUGAUGAACGUAGUCAACGCCCGUGUACACGGUCCGGCCUUGCACUGGGGACGAUUUCUCCACGCCCUGGCCCACACUUUCUUGGAAAUCGAGCUCGGCAGACACAUCGACUGCGGCGGACUCAUGCGUGUACACGAACAGGUUUUCUACACGGUCAUGUGCAUUAUCGACGAAGCGCUGAACCGGGAUGGGCCGAUCGUCAAGUUCUGCAAGAUGGAUGCCUGGUGGAUCCAGGAGUUUAGGCAUACGUGGUACCACGACUUCAAGCGCUCGAUGGCUGCUGAUUUGCGUGGUCAGCGUGGACACCGUUAUGAGGGCUAUGACGGAGUGCCUGGUUUCGGUGGUUUCGGCGCCUACAGUUUCAACGUGAAUGCCUUCAACAAAUUCGCGUACGAGGAGGAUAAUAUGGACCAGAGCUACGAACCUAACUACGACAAUGACGACGAAGAUCUGGGUAGCGGCCUUGGAGACGACGACGACUUCGAUUUCGAUCCGUUCGGGCCUCCCCCAGGAGCCCGAGGGCCCUCUGGAUUUGGCAGUUCUCGUGGCGGGUUUGAUGGUGCUCGCGGGGGCCGUGAUAGCAGCCGCUGGGGGAGCAGCCGUCCAGAAAGCAACCCUCGUGGAGGCCGUAGUUCCAGCGGCUCCUCGUACAAAGGAGGAUGGGGAGAGGACUCCGACAGCGAUGGCGAAGGACCUGGGGGUUAUGGGGACUUCGGCACCUCGAAGUCGGGAUUUGGUAGUCGAGGAGGCUUCAGCACCUCUAACUCAGGACCUGGAGGUCGUGACGGUUUUGGUUCGAGUAGACGCGGUGGCUUCGACGGCGGGCCUCGAGGUGGAUUUGGCGGCGGGCCUCGAGGUGGCUACGGCGGCGGGUUCCGCGGUGGUUUCGGUGGAGGUGGGUUCCGCGGGAACUUUGGUGGAGGUGGAUUCCGUGGGGGUUUCGGUGGAGGUGGAUCAGAAUUCGAGGGUAUGAAGCCGAAACUGGAGAUCGACCCUUACGAGGUCCUCGGCCUCACCCGCAACGCAACUGCGGCCGAGAUCAGGAAGGCAUACCACAAGGUGGCCAGAGACAAUCACCCGGACCGUGUUCAAGGGGGAGAGAAGGAGAAAGAGGCGGCCGGAAAGAAGAUGACUGACAUCAACCUGGCAAAUGAGAUUCUCUCGGACGAGAAGAAGAGGCGGGAUUAUGACAAUGGACUGUUGUAGGCUCGGUUUUGCUGACUUGAGGGAUGCUCAGCGUCUUCUAUCAGAUUUGAUAUAGGUACUCAAGGGUGAUCGGUACAGGCGUAUAAACACUUCAUCCUCUCACAGAGCGCGUGUGCGUAAUGAGCUCCAGUUGUUUAAUGACCCACCAAAAGAUACCAAGCCCGUCAAAACAUUGAGUGUGUAUCUUGUCAAAAAUUUGGGGACUACACACAAGCAUGCUAAGCGGUAGCAUGAAAGUACAUAUACACUAAAACUUUUGCACUGGAUGCUAACACGACGUCGAUUCGU